CUCUUUCCAGCUCCCAGAAGAGGCCGUUCCACUCCGCGAGGGAAACAGAGCCGUUGACCAUGGUUGCAACUGGCAGUUUGAGCAGUAAGAACUCGGUCAGCAUUUCCGAGUUGGUGGACCGUGGCUUCCACCCCGGAAGCCUGCUAAGUGAUGUCGACUACUGGGAUUAUGUUGUUCCUGAACCCAACCUCAAUGAGGUGAUAUUUGAGGAGACAACUUGCCAGAGUUUGGUUAAAAUGCUGGAAAACUGUCUGUCCAAAUCAAAACAAACCAAACUGGGCUGCUCAAAGGUCCUGGUCCCUGCAAAACUGACCCAGAGAAUUGCUCAAGAUGUCCUCCGGCUUUCCUCCACUGAGCCCUGUGGCCUACGAGGUUGUGUUAUGCAUGUGAACUUGGAAAUUGAAAAUGUAUGUAAAAAGCUGGAUAGGAUUGUGUGUGAUUCUAGUGUGGUGCCUACUUUUGAGCUUACACUGGUGUUUAAGCAGGAAAACUGCUCAUGGACUAGCUUCAGGGACUUUUUCUUUAGUAGAGCUCGCUUCUCAUCUGGCCUCAAGAAAACUCUGAUACUCAGCUCAGGAUUCCGACUCGUUAAGAAAAAGCUUUACUCAUUAAUUGGAACAACAGUCAUUGAAGAGUGCUAA